CGGGAUCACAGGCCAGCGGGAAGCAAGCUCUGAACGACUCGAGUGGAGUAGCUGUUAACAACCUUCUCUGCCCCCGAGCAUGAUGGACUCCAAGAAAGAAGAGGUGAGGAGGAAGCACAUCCGUCUGCACAUGGAAGGGACGCUGACGGCCCGCGACAAGGUCGGGGUGCAGGAUUUUGUGCUGCUGGACGCGCACACCAGCGAAGCUGCCUUUGUGGACAAUCUUCGCAAACGCUUCAAGGAGAACCUCAUCUAUACCUAUAUCGGGACGCUCCUGGUGUCUGUGAAUCCAUACCAGGAGCUUGGAAUCUACACUGUGAGCCAGAUGGAACUUUACCAAGGGGUCAAUUUCUUUGAGCUACCUCCUCAUGUCUACGCCUUAGCCGACAAUGCUUACCGCAUGAUGUGCUCUGAGCUCAACAACCACUUCAUCCUCAUUUCUGGAGAGAGCGGGGCAGGGAAAACAGAGGCCUCCAAGAAGAUCCUGCAGUAUUACGCAGUGACCUGCCCAAUGACCGAGUCCCUGCAAGUAGCCCGCGACAGGCUGCUGCUCUCCAAUCCAGUGCUGGAGGCUUUUGGAAAUGCCAAAACGCUCCGGAACGACAACUCCAGCCGAUUUGGAAAAUACAUGGACAUACAGUUUGACUUGCAGGGCAUUCCCGUAGGUGGGCACAUCAUCAGUUACUUGAUUGAAAAGUCCCGCGUCGUCUAUCAAAACCAGGGUGAGCGGAAUUUCCACAUCUUCUACCAGCUGCUGGCGGGUGGAGAAGCAGACCGCUUGGCUUCCCUGGGCCUGGAGCGAGACCCCCAGCUGUAUAAAUACCUCUCGCAGGGUCAUUGUGCCAAAGAAUCAUCUCUUAAUGACAAGAACGAGUGGAAAACUGUCUCCAAUGCGUUUUCUGUCAUUGAUUUUACUGAAGCUGACCUCGAGAACCUCUUUGGGAUCAUCGCCAGUGUCCUCCACCUGGGGAACAUCUGCUUCCAGGAGGACGACCAGGGCUGUGCCACCGUCCCCGACACUCACGAGAUCAAGUGGAUCGCCAAGCUCCUGGGGGUCUGCCCGCCUGUUCUUCUGGAAGCUCUGACCCACAGAAAGAUCGAAGCCAAGACAGAGGAGGUGAUCUGCCCGCUAACACCAGAACUCUCCGCCUACGCCAGAGACGCCAUGGCCAAGGCUGUUUAUGGCCGGACGUUCACGUGGCUGGUCAACAAAAUCAACUGCUCCCUAGUUAACAAGGUCGGUCACAGGAUGACACCAAAAAAAACCGUGAUCGGAUUGCUGGAUAUCUAUGGGUUCGAAGUCUUCGACAAGAACGGUUUUGAACAGUUUUGUAUAAAUUACUGCAACGAGAAGCUCCAACAACUGUUAAUAGAGAGGACUCUGAAAGCAGAACAGGCAGAAUAUGAAAUGGAAGGGAUCGAGUGGGAGCCGAUUCAGUAUUUCAACAACAAGAUCAUCUGCGACCUGGUGGAAGAGAGGCACAAGGGAAUCAUAUCCAUUCUGGAUGAAGAGUGCAUUCGUCCCGGCCCCGCCACGGACGUGAGCUUCCUGGAGAAACUGGAAGACAGAGUGGGCAGGCACGCACACUUCCAGACCCGGAAGCUGGCCGGGCCGAAAGGCCGGAAGAGGAUCGGGUGGUCGGAGUUCCAGCUACUGCACUACGCGGGAGAGGUCACCUACUGCACCAAGGGAUUCUUGGAAAAAAACAACGAUCUCCUUUACAGACACCUGAAAGAAGUGCUGUGCAGGUCGGACAACAGCAUCCUGAGGGAGUGCUUCCUGGUGGCCGAGUUGGAAAGCCGGAGGAGGCCACCAACGGUGGGGACCCAGUUCAAGAACAGUCUGAGCAGCCUCCUGGAAAUCCUCAUCUCCAAGGAACCUUCCUACAUCCGGUGCAUCAAACCCAAUGCCACCAAGGAGCCCAGCAAGUUCGAUGAUUUCCUCAUAAGGCACCAGAUCAAGUACCUGGGGCUCAUGGAGCACCUCCGGGUGAGACGGGCCGGCUUCGCCUACCGGCGGAAGUACGAGCACUUCUUGCAAAGGUACAAGUCCUUGUGCCCAGACACCUGGCCACACUGGCACGGGCCUCCGGGAGAGGGCGUGGAGCGGCUGGUCACGUACAUCGGUUACGGACCCGAGGAGUACAAGCUAGGGAAAACCAAAAUAUUCAUUCGUUUCCCGAGAACUCUGUUUGCUACCGAAGAUGCCUUCGAAUUUAGUAAACAUCAAUUAGUUGCAAGAAUCCAAGCCACGUACAGGGGCUGCCUGGGCAGGAGAGAGUAUGUGAAGAAAAGACGAGCAGCCACCAAACUGGAAGCCCACUGGCGUGGAGUCCUGGCUCGAAAGGAGGUCCAAAGGAGAAGGUGGGCGGUGCAGAUAAUAAGAAGGUUCGUCAAGGGAUUCAUCCAUCGCGACGAACCCCUCGGUCCUGACAACGAGGAGUACAUAGUGUUCGUGCGAAAGAAUUACAUCCUGAAUCUCCGGUAUCAUGUUCCGAAGAACGUCUUAGACAAGAGCUGGCUGAGGCCUCCUGGCAUCUUGGAAAACGCUUCGGACCUGCUCAGGGGGAUGUGCCUGCGGAACCUGGUUCGGAAGUACUGCCGCGGGGUCACGGCCGAGCGGAGAGCCCUGAUGCAGGAAAAGGUGGUUGCAAGUGAAAUAUUCAGAGGAAAGAAAGAAGGCUACGCGGACAGUUUAAAUCAGCCCUUUGCCAACAGUCGGAUAGACGAAGGAGACAUUCACCCCAAAGUGCUUCAACUCAUUAGCAGCGAGAAAGUCGAGUACGGCGUCCCGGUCAUCAAGUACGACAGGAAAGGCUUCAAGGCGCGGCAGCGGCAGCUCGUCCUCACCCGGGAGGCAGCUUACGUGGUGGACGUGGCCAAGGUCAAGCAGAAGAUAGAGUUCUCGGAGCUCAAGGGUGUCUCCACCAGCAGUCUGAGUGACGGGCUCUUGGUCAUUCACGUGUCACCCGAAGACCACAAGCAAAAGGGGGACGCCGUCUUACAGUGUGAGCACGUAUUUGAAGCCGUUACGAAGCUGGUCAUGCUGGUGAAGAAGGACGUGGUCAGUGUUGUUCAAGGAAGUUUACAGUUUUCUAUUGGGCCUGGGAGAGAAGGCACCAUCGUUUUCCAUACUGGACCAGAAGAACAAAUCUAUAAAGAUAAAAAUGGACAGUUAAGAGUGGUGUCGGUCCGGAGGAAGUCCUGAUACAGGAGGACAUCUGACCCAGAGCGUGGCCGUUUCUGCUCCAACUAAGAGGACCCGGGAAACAGGAAGUUAAUCCAGCUAGCUACGUGUUCAAGGAAAGAUGCCGGCACCUCUCGGAAAGGGGUCCCACGUGCGGAGACCGAGCGGCCUGUUACACCAAAGCCUGACCCAGCGUCUCAGAGGCCUGGUGGCGCUGUUACUGUCUUCCAAGAGCCUGGUGCUCAACAUCCCUGGCAGGACUCACUCUCCACGGCACUUCGGCACGUCCCAGGUGGAUGACAGAUGCUCCACCUCCAUCGGGCCGUCUGAGACACGAUGGAGCUCUGUGGCCUGAGAGCACGCACAUUUCAUAAAGAUGCAAAACUGAAUUUUGCCUUAAAUAAAUGGAACUUGCCAGUUUCAAGGGCUUGGGUUUGGUGUCUAAGGGGGUGAGCGCGGUUCCCCGCGGUGAAUCCUGACUGCUUCUCGCCCGGGGCUUUCAGCGCUAUUCCUACUACAGGCCGCACUGCUCUUUCCCGCCACCGCGCGACCGCAAGCCGCCAGCAGAACGCAGGCGCUCUGCCCGCUCUGCUGGAAACUGCCCGUUUCAAUGGCUCAACUGUGCUGGACAUUUCUGAAAAGAUCCAGAAAUCACAUGUAAAGAGAAGCAUGAUAUGACUUUUAUUUUACAUAAACCCACAAAUGCUCGUACAAGAAAGUGUCGACUUCUAAGAUUUACAGCGUUGCUUUCAUAGGGCAGAGACAAAAUCAAUGACAUGCUUAACUGUGUCAGAGACUCUGGGCAGAGCCCCACGGACGGCGGAGGCGGGUGGUGCUUGCGUGUGGAUGCCGGGCAGCAGCUGGAAGGUCCAGGUCCAGGCAGACACCAGCGGGCGGGCAGCUGCAGAGGUCAGCCAGCUGAUCCGCAGCCGACCGUGGAGGACGCGCCAGGAGCAGCAGUCUGAGGCACGGGCCCCCCACCGACAAUCCGACGACUUAAACUAAACUUAACCACCAGGGACCAAAAGCUGUUCCAAUUUGUUUUAAUGCUAUUACAACAUAAUAAAACCUUACUCUUUACCAAACCCCAGGGCCAGUGUUUGAGUUGGG